UUUUCUUCCACUAUUCAACGGCAGGAAGAAAGCGUUCCUUUUUUCCUCGUACGUAGGGGCGAGGUAUUAAAAUGAAUCGGUGUUCCGGAUCGGCACUCACUGACAGUUGGAUACAGCCGGCAACGAGGCCGAAAAAAAAUCCGCGACAAUGUCGACGACGACGAGCGGCGUGAUGGCUCUGGUGCUCCUCCUGGUUUCCUCGAUCGGUAUCUCUCAUGCACAGUUGAAACCUGAAUGCAAGAUUGAACAACUUCGCGAAUGUGGAUCGGACUACGUACCUUUCGUGACACGCACGUACCUCCACGAGGGAGGAGAAAAGUUCAAGGAGGCCUGCGAGCUAGACAGCAAGCAGAUCGCUUGCACGCUCAAGUUCGUCGAGGAAUGCCUGGAGGGUCUGCCUCGGGUCGCCGGCCAGCUGGCUAUCAAGGCAAUGGAGGAGAGCUAUGAGGCUACUUGCACCGAAGGCACCGACCAGCACAAACUGUACAACAACGCCGUCAAGUGCCUGAACUCAGCCGGCACGAAGCUGCACAAGUGCAUGGGGUCACUCAGUGAUACGCUGCAGCGGGCCACGGGCAAGGCACCCCCGAAGGAGGUCAUUCACUACUCCUGCUGUGCGUACCACGACUCACUGGACUGCGUGGAAGACGCCGUGUCCGCCUGCGACACGGACGCCGGCAAGGAGUUCAUGACGGGCAGCAUGGAGAGCAUCUUCGGCGAGACCCUCAGUCUGGUGUGCGGCCAGUACUCUCGCGGAUCGGCGGCCUGCAAGCAGCUGCCGGCGCUGCCCGAACUCGCUCCCGACGAGACCAAGAUCAACAACGUCAUCGAGCUGGCCGUCAGAGUGGCCAGUUCGCUGGGGAAGAACUAGGCUCCUGGUCCUACGGUCCUGAUAUGGACACAUGCCUCGCCUUUAACUUACGUCCUGUUACUCACUAUACUCUGUUCCCUUGGCGGAAAGUUUCCGAUGAAGGCUUGUGUCUGGAAAUUGAGGUACUUUAGUGCAAUCAUAUCGUGUCAUAGAGGCCGAAGGCCAGCUGAUGGCGGCGUAAGCCGCCCUGCCGAUGCCCACACAGAUAGCAGCUGUUGUUGCUGAACGCGAACUCCGCUCAUUCAACUGAUUGGGCUGUCAUUUUAAUGCCAUUGUAUAAGCAUUUGUGUGAUAUACAUGUAGCCCCAGCUGUCAGCGUCUGUCUCUUGCUGUUUAGAUGUAACAGGUCAUUACUGCUACACGUCAAUACUAACGUCUGGCGCUGUGCGCGAAAUCACGCCAUCUAACUUUCCUGAGCACAUCACGGAAGCCUCACAUUCACACACUCACACUCACAUUGGCCACGAGCUGUGACGCGAAGAAGCAUUUCUUAACCUCCGCGGCCAGCGGCCGCUUCCUCUGCUUUCGCCAUGCAGGUUGCACGAUUACCUUCGUAUGGCUCAAAGUGGCAAAGGAUCAAUAAAUGUAGACACAAAGCUCGAGACAGCUCGAUCGAGGAUCUAAAGAAGUUCUUCGUUUUUCUGAAAGUCAUAGUGCUAACUCUGCCGUAAUCGUGGUGCCACGCUUUUUAUGACGUCGGGGUAACGCGCAUUUCCGAGGAGAUUUUUGCCUCUUCACGCAUUAUAGAUUGAAAGCAGGCAGUGGUAAGUAGGGAGAUUAACUAGACGAACGUCCGGUUUGGGUGCCCUAUGCGGCAGAUAAGUAGGCGACUUGGUGCUAGAGCAUUCGCUUUGGUAUUUGUAUAAACUCUUGCUUUUUGCUAGUCUACUCACAGCAUCCUCGUCGAACGGACUGCAUUCUACGCAUUUCCAUGAUAUUCAUUACGUGUGACUGUGUCCUGCUUGAUGCGGAAACCUUCAUGUAAUGUGGACUUUUUCGGCACGCUGUGCGCAAUGCAGGAAUGUUGAUUCCUCGUAAGCGGUGCGCCCAAGUUUUCUGCGCUACGAAAACGGAUGUUUGCUCGAUGCCUGGUGUGCAUUGACAGAAUAAGAAACGCUUCUGUGAUAGGUUAAGUAUGAAAGCAUAUAUAUUUUUCAACCGGGAUAUGAGUCACAAAAAUAAAAAUGUUGACCGUUCA